CCGAUUUUGUAAUACAGAAAAUUACACGUCGAAUCGAUGGUCUUGAAAGAAACCAACAAAAAAAGCAGCAGAGACGUAAUUAUUGACAUUGCAAAACGAUGAAGGAUAUCUAUAUCUUUGUUUGUCUGAUAGCUGAUGAAGAUUCUCAGACCAAGAGGUCGUUGAAAAGCUGAAGCGAGGUUGGAGUUAAUUUAUUUUGGACCUCAAUCGAUUAUCAUCAUCGACUGACUGAAGCGUGAUCAGAUAUCUAACAGAAACCUACCCGGAGAGCUCGGCGUAGAAGGCGGGAGAGGUACGCUGCUCAUUCCGCAGUCGAGCAAGGGACGCAGGCCAGCUCCAUCUAGGCCCAGCCCCAGGGCACUUGCAUGAAUAAUGCGACAAAUGUCCGAUACUGAGUCCGACUCCUGAACUCUACUGCUCAGUGUGUAAAAAGUUAUAUUAUUUUACUGGUUUCACUGUUAGAAUAGGCUUUACCAACAGAGGGCAUCAUCAUGCUGCCAUUCACAAACAAAGCAACGAUAGUAGAUUAUGAUAACAACAAAGCCAGGAGAACACAGUCUUGUUGGAGGAUAUGGAGGAGGUUAUCUCGUCUCCAGAGGAAGGUUGUCAUGGUGAUACUCCUUAUCGGUGUUCUUGCCAGCUUUGUUGUUUUCAGACAUUUUGUGCUUGACGAAACCAAGGACAGAGGGUUAGAUGACAAUCCCCUUGCAAGGAAAGAUGAAGAGAAUAAAGAUUGGUUAGGGAUCGGAGGAGGGGGGCAGGAGGGGCAUGAUCCUGUCAAUGACGAUUUCAACCCAGGAGUAGGAGAUGAGUUGGAGAAGGACAAAGGUUUCAAGGGUAGGCCAGGGAAGAGGGGUCCACCCAAAUUGGGAGGCCAGCCAAUCAGAGAUCGGGAUACAGAUGGUGGAGACCCCGCAGAGAUGAACCAACCAAUCAGAGACGAGGACACAGAGCUUGCAGACGGAGAGAGGGUCUUGCCCCAUCUCGGCAUCCAAGUCCCACCGGAUGUAGUCAAGGAAGGGGUGAGGAAUAAUGAGGAUGAUGUGUACAUAGCAGACAACAUCAGCGAUGACGACAAUGAUGAUGGAGAAGAAUAUGAUAUAGAUCGUUCGGACGUGGGCGCUGCCGCGGGUGCCCUAGGGGAGAAUGAUGAGAAAGAAGUAGUGAUACCUUUUCCAGACAAUGAGGAAAGAAAUCUUGGCAAUAAUGAUCCUCAUUCAAUGUAUGGUGCAAAGAAUGAUCGUCAGCGUGCCGUGGUGGAUGCCUUCAAACAUGCCUGGAAAGCUUACAAGGCUCAUGCUUGGGGGCAUGAUGAACUCAAACCAAUCAGCAAAAAAUGGAGUGAAUGGUUCACUCUUAGCUUGACCAUGGUGGACAGUCUGGAUACAAUGGUCAUCAUGGGCUUGACCGAUGAGUUUCAAGAGGCUCGGGAUCAUAUAGCACAGAUGAGCGUAACUCCUAACAAAGACGUUAAUUUAUUUGAGACAACAAUCCGAGUUUUAGGGAGCUUUCUCAGUACCUACCAUCUCACUGGUGAUGAUAUGUUUCUUCAAAAAGCUGUGGUACUAGGUGACAGCCUACUGCGUUGUUUCCAGAGUAAAUCACCUGUACCCUUCUCAGAUGUCAACUUGUAUACAGGUAAUGCACACGCACCGCGCUGGGGACCUGACAGCUCCGUCUCUGAAGUCAGUACUAUUCAACUCGAGUUCCGUGAUCUCUCAUUUACUACGGGGGAUCCAAAGUACAAGCAAGCUGUAGAUAAGGUAAUGAUGCACCUUCACAAUUUGCCAAAGAAAGAAGGUCUGGUACCAAUAUUUAUCAAUGCCAACUCUGGUCAAUUCCGACCCAACUCUAUCUUGACCCUGGGUGCACGAGCCGAUAGCUACUAUGAAUAUUUACUCAAACAGUGGUUACAGACGAGCAAAUCAGAAAAAAUAUUCCUUGAUGAGUACUCGGCAGCAGUAGAAGGCAUCAAGAAGAAACUCUUAGGACAAUCUGAGCCAAACAAACUAACAUUCAUUGGAGAGCUUCAUAGAGAUUCAUUUACCCCUAAGAUGGACGAGCUGGCCUGCUUCUUUCCUGGUACGCUAGCCCUUGGUCAUUUCAACGGGCUACCAGAGUCUCACCUGGAGCUAGCCCAAGAGGUUGCCCAUACCUGCUUCCAGAUGUAUGCUCAGAUGCCCACCUUCCUGGCACCCGAGAUCACAUACUUCAAUACACUGCCUGGUGUCAAAGAGGAUCUUAUCAUCAAGCCUGCAGACACACACAACCUGCUCAGACCAGAGACCAUCGAGAGCUUCUUCUACCUCUACCGCAUCACGGGACAAAACUUCUACCGGGAGUGGGCCUGGAAAAUCUUCCAAGCCUUUGAGAAGUACACCAAGAUACCAGGCGGAGGCUACUCGUCCAUCGGUAACGUGAAAAACCCUGAUAACGUCAACAUGAGGGACAAGAUGGAGAGCUUCUUCUUAGGUGAAACGUUGAAAUAUUUGUUCCUUAUAUUCAGCGAUGACCCGAACUUAAUACCGCUGGAUAAAUAUGUAUUCAACACCGAGGCUCAUCCGCUACCGGUGAGAGAUGGUCGAGGCAAUCAAGUGCAAUAAUUGUAGUAUGAAUGAAAUUAUGUUGGUAAGAUUUUGAAGCCUUAUUUGCUCAUGUCAUGGUAUGAUGGUGAUGUCUAAUCGGGGGCUGGUAUCACUAAGAGUUGCAAUCAAACCCAACUCCAGAAUUCCAAGUGUACUUGAUUUUCAACCAAUCAGAAUCAUGCAUUUGGGAGUUGCAUUUGGUUUUGUUUUAGUCAAGAUCAAACUCUUUGUGCAAUAAGCCUAAAAAAGGCCAUGACAGGGAAUCGGACAUCUGAUGGUUUCCACUAUGAGCUCCACCACCGGCAAAGUGCAUCUAGGCAAUGUUUCAUAAAUUGUUUGAUAUAAACUGGGUUCCAAGAGAAACUGAUGAAAAUUGGCAUGGACAUUGCACAAAUUUGAAAUGUUUAUGUUAAUUUCCAGUAACUACUAUGUGAUUGAGCCAAUCACUAAAACAUGCCUGUAAAGGACAUGUGUAAUAAACUGAGAAGUUUAUUUAAUCCCAUCUCAUUUUCAUUGGCCUUUCUUUUGCCUUUUUUACUUUGGAUUCUGAAACAGAUUGGUGUGAGGGCUAUAUUGAACCGAUCUCUUAAUUGUUAACAUGUGCUUGGUAACGAUUAUUGAAGCUAGCCUGUGUAAAAAUAUUGUUCAUUUUGACUGAGAGGAAUUUGUACAGUGCUCUUGUAAAGUUUAAUCAGUUUCUUUUGGAACCCAGUUUAUAUCACUUCACAACUAUGGUGAUAAUCUACUGAUAAUCAUGAAAGCUGAUUGGCAGACAGAUAUUUGCCAUAUAAAUACGGUAAUGAUUUUUGCCCAAUUCUGUUCGCUGGUCGACAUCAGCAAAUUGGUGCAAUCAUUUCAGCAAUGCACUAGCCAUAGUUUCUGUCAAACUAACCAAAGUUAUGAAAGGAAAUGAGGUCUUUAGUGCAUUAAGUAUCUGACUGUGCUAUGCUAUGCAUAAAAAGUGUUGCACAAGGCAUUCUUGCACACGAGUGCAGUAAAAUGCAAAUGAGGUUCCUCCAAAGCAAUUAGAGAACAAUUUGACAAAUUAAUGCAAAUUUACUAUUGUUUCUUCCUGCCGAUUCAGACAUUAUACUAGUAAAGGUGAUGAAUAUGUUUCCCAGAUGUAUAAAUUAUUUUGCAUGAAUUAUUUAUGAAGAAUAUUUGAUUUGUUGAAUGAAUUAUAUGUUGUAAAUCAUGAAUGAGCCAUUUCAAAAUUGCAAUUUGACUCAAGGUUUAUUCAUUAUAUUGUUCGUUAUUAUACCCCUCCAAAGGUUUGCAAUUCAGGUUAAGAAAUUAUAUUUCUCUUAUUACUCUAUCAUCACACUUGCUUUCUGUAUGAUAGAAAAUCCUUUAUAUUCCCCUUUACAUUGAUGAUUUGUAAGGAUUGCUUUAUUGUAACAUGCAUGUUGGAUCUGUAUGUGGGACUAAUGGAAAGAUCAUUGUUGCUAAAAAUGCAGUGGUUUUUGCCGAUGGGGGAACAUUCGUUCGUUUCUUGAACUUUGCUUUACGUUCCUUUAGACUUUGCCUCAUGAUUAUAUGCGUGUUCCAUGAUUAUUCAAUUGUUGGGAAUGGGGCAUCAAAAUUGAAAGGGAAAUAGAUAGGCUUCAGAACGUGCCAACAUGAUAUUAAAUACUAAUAUGUAUAUGAGAAAUUGUAAUGCUCAGUCCUGAAAUACAAUACUUUUUGAUGUUGUGUUCAUGUGUCAUACACAAUUAACAAGGAUUUUAGUGUGAACAUCAUUGGAACUCUUGAUUAAAGGGAUCUGCUUCCUUUUUCAUAUAACUUGGUAUCAAUGACAAAUGCACAAUUUCGAUAGCUAAAUUAGCCAUCAGACUAUGAAGUGCUAGUAGCUGUUGACAGGUUGAUAAUUCAAUACUGAUAAGCAUUAUGAAAUGGGACACUGGUGAUCUAUAUAUCAUGACUAUGAACUUUGGGAAUGUUUUAGUCAACCUGGUUGACAUUAUGAUGAUUACACAAAUAUCAAGAUGAAUUUUUAUCUGUGCUUCCAUUAUAUUAAGUUGUGUUAUAUUUACUUUUUGUCAGUUAUCAGAUGUCGAUGUAGUUUAUAGAGACAUGAAACAGACGAAAUUACCAGUGCGUGGUCAUGUUCAUGGGUAUAUACAUGUUCUUACAUCAUUGUUAAAUAGCAAAGAAAACAAAUUGGAACUAUGUUGUAUAUUUAAAUUCUUAUCAGCAAACUAUGUACUUUAAAUAAAAGAUAAUGUAUGUGCAUGAAAUGUUUCAGUUGUUGGCAAGCUGGGCAGGGCUAUGGGAGGGGGGGGAAGGGGUGUUGACCAUCCUCUCCCUAUGAUUUUUCAAUGAAUAAAAAAAGAGGGAUGGAUAGGAAGCAAAGAAAGAAGACUGUUGGUUUAAAAAACUUUGGAACUGUCUUGUAUGUUUCAGUUCUUAUUAAAUGUCAUUCAUAAGCAGUGCAGCGAUAUGGGGGGAUGGGGUUGUUUCACAAACUUCCCACCCUUAUUAUUUUUCAAAUAGUAAAGAAAGAGGAGGAAAAAAAGAGGGAUGAUAGGGAAGAAAGAUUGUCCCCCCCCCACAUCAAAAUUCCCUGGUGGUGUCCCUGUUCACAAGUGAUGACAAAUUUCACUUGAAACACGACUCAUAGUGACAAAGUGUGAACAUUUACAUAUGUGCUUAACCAAUGACAUAACUAAUGCUUCAGUGUUGCGUAAACUAUUGUUCCUGAAUUCACAGAGGUGGUUUUGAAAACCCAUGGUUGAAUCCAUGGUUUAUGCAGAUUUCUUGUAUAAAUUACGCUUAAUUUUGCGCGUAUCGGGCACGUGUAUAAAAAUUGUCCAAUACUGAUGCGCACUUUGGUCACAGAGCGCCAAAUUGAUGCCUGUUACCAUGGUUAGAUACGCCAUUUUAUUCACGAGUCCACUGUUUGAAGAGUCGACUCAUG